UGGUGCUGACGACAGACUGAGUAUCCCAGGCUACAUGACAGGCAGCACCUCUUUUAUUCACACAAGCAGCCCAGGAGGCCGGCCUGGUCGGGGCUGGUAGAGGGGGCAGGGCUAUGGUAUGGUAAUGUGCUCAGAGGAAGUGAGCGCAGGAUAGUGGAAUGCUGCUGAGAUUAGUAGUACUGACUGACUGCCUGGGAGUUCAGCUGGCUGAUCAAGACUGUCAGGACAGCGCUAACCAUUAGCUGCUGAAUUCCUAUCCGGAGAUACUGAAGAUUAUUAGCAUCAGGGCCUAACCAGCGGAUGAAAACAUGCCCCAUUUCACAGUGGUACCGGUGGAGGACAGCGCUACGUCCAACUAUGACAGCCUGGAAGGAAUUAACUGGGUGGACUACAGAGACACAGGACAGGGGAGACACCCUGGACAUCUAGACACUGUCAGCUCUGAUGGCCAUGGAAAUCACAAGGAGGAUAGUCCUUUCCUCAGCAGUGCAGAUGCUGACAGGAAGACUGAUUUCUAUGACAGGAACCUGGCCUUGUUUGAGGAGGAGUUGGACAUCCGUCCCAAGGUGUCGUCCCUCCUCAGCCGGCUGGUCAACUACACCAACAUUACCCAGGGGGCCAGGGAGCACGAGGAGGCCGAGAACACAGAGAUGUCACUCAGGAAGGUCCCAAAGUCCCCCAACAUGGGUACCCUGAUGGGAGUCUACCUGCCCUGUCUACAGAACAUCUUUGGUGUCAUCCUGUUCCUUCGUCUAACGUGGAUCGUGGGCACAGCCGGCAUCGUCCAGUCAUUCCUCAUCGUCCUCAUGUGCUGCUCAUGUACAAUGCUCACUGCCAUAUCCAUGAGUGCCAUAGCUACAAAUGGUGUUGUCCCAGCCGGAGGGGCGUACUUCAUGAUCUCUCGUUCCCUGGGUGCUGAGUUUGGGGGGGCUGUAGGAAUCUGUUUCUACCUGGGAACAACCUUCGCUGCUGCCAUGUACAUACUGGGAGCUAUAGAGAUCUUCCUGAAAUACCUGGUUCCCCAGGCGGCCAUCUUCCACGCCAGCGACCACCAUGGGGGCGACAGUGCCAUCCUCAACAACAUGAGGGUGUACGGCACCAUCUGUCUCAGCCUCAUGGCCGUGGUGGUCUUUGUGGGGGUGAAAUACGUCAACAAGCUGGCCUCUCUCUUCCUGGCCUGUGUCAUCAUCUCUAUCGUCUCCAUCUACGCCGGGGCCAUUAAGUCUGUUUUCCAACCGCCCGACUUUUCGAUCUGUAUGUUGGGUAACAGGACAUUGGUGAGAGAUCAGUUUGACGUGUGUAGUAAGACGGUUCUAGAGGGCAAUGUGACUGUACCUAGUCAGCUGUGGAGGAACUUCUGUAGCUCUGGCAACAUGAGUAGUCCUCAAUGUGAUGACUACUUCAACCAGAACAACGUUACAGAGAUACAGGGAAUACCAGGACUGGCCAGCGGCAUCAUCAGAGAUAACAUGUGGGGAGACUACCUGGAGAAAGGUCAGAUCUUGGAGAAGGCAGGUCUACCCUCCGUAGACGUCCACGGGGCUGUGGAGAGCGUCGGCCUGUACGUCUCAGCUGACAUCGCUACCUCCUUCACCCUCCUGGUGGGAAUCUUCUUUCCCUCCGCCACAGGUAUCAUGGCAGGCUCCAACAGAUCAGGAGAUCUGAAAGAUGCUCAGAAGUCCAUCCCUAUUGGAACCAUCUUGGCUAUAACCACUACUACCCUUGUCUAUUUCAGCUCUGUGGUUCUGUUUGGGGCCUGUAUUGAAGGAGCGGUCCUAAGGGACAAGUUUGGGGAUGCAGUCAGUAAGAACCUGGUUGUGGGGACUCUGUCCUGGCCCUCCCCAUGGGUCAUCGUGAUUGGCUCCUUCUUCUCCACCGUGGGGGCGGGACUACAGUCCCUGACUGGCGCUCCUCGUCUCCUACAGGCCAUCGCCAAGGACAACAUCAUUCCCUUCCUCAGGGUGUUUGGUCAUGGCAAGGCCAAUGGGGAGCCAACCUGGGCACUGUUACUGACAGGGCUCAUUGCUGAGCUGGGCAUCCUCAUAGCCUCUCUGGACAUGGUGGCCCCCAUCCUCUCCAUGUUCUUCUUGAUGUGCUAUCUGUUUGUGAACUUAGCCUGUGCUGUGCAGACUUUACUACGGACACCAAACUGGAGGCCUAGGUUUAAAUAUUACCACUGGGCUCUGUCUUUUCUGGGUAUGAGUAUGUGUCUGGCUCUGAUGUUCAUCUCCUCCUGGUAUUAUGCCAUCGUGGCCAUGUGCAUCGCUGGCAUGAUCUACAAGUACAUUGAGUACCAGGGAGCGGAGAAGGAGUGGGGAGAUGGGAUACGAGGUUUGUCCCUCAGUGCUGCGCGCUACUCUCUGCUACGGCUGGAGCAUGGACCACCUCACACUAAAAACUGGAGGCCCCAGGUCCUGGUGCUGUUGAAGCUGGAUGAGGACCUCCAUGUGAAGUAUCCCCGUCUGUUGACCUUUGUCUCCCAGCUGAAGGCAGGGAAGGGCCUGACCAUAGUGGGCUCUGUCAUCCAGGGACAGUUCCUGGACAGCUACGGAGAAACACAGGCAUCUGAACAAGCCGUAAAGAACAUGAUGGAGAUCGAGCGGGUAAAGGGUUUCUGCCAGGUGGUUGUGGCGUCCAAGGUGAGGGAGGGCAUUGCCCACCUGAUCCAGUCAUGUGGCCUGGGGGGCAUGAAGCACAACACAGUGGUGAUGGGAUGGCCCUAUGGCUGGAGGCAAAGUGAAGACCCCCGCGCAUGGAAGACAUUCAUUCACACAGUCCGCUGUACCACAGCAGCCCACCUGGCUCUGAUGGUGCCCAAGAAUGUUUCCUUCUACCCCAGCAACCACGAACGCUUCACAGACGGCACCAUUGAUGUGUGGUGGAUCGUCCAUGACGGAGGAAUGCUCAUGCUGCUACCUUUCCUGCUCAAACAGCACAAGGUUUGGAGGAAGUGUAAGAUGCGUAUCUUCACUGUGGCCCAGAUGGAUGACAACAGUAUUCAGAUGAAGAAGGACCUGGCUACGUUCCUGUACCAGCUGAGAAUAGAGGCAGAGGUGGAGGUGGUGGAAAUGCAUGACAGCGACAUCUCGGCCUACACGUAUGAGAGGACUCUGAUGAUGGAGCAGAGGUCUCAGAUGCUCAGACAGAUGAGGCUGUCCAGCGCAGAGAGAGAAAGAGAGGCCCAGCUGGUAAAGGACAGACACUCUCUGAUCCGUAUGGGCAGCCUGUACUCAGACGAGGAGGAGGAGGUGGUGGAGCCUGUAGCUGAUAAGAACCAGAUGACCUGGACCAAGGAGAAGUACGAGGCAGAGAGGAGGAACAGGAACAAUGCACCAGAGAACUUCAGAGAACUCAUGAGCCUCAAACCGGACCAGUCCAACGUGCGGCGGAUGCACACAGCAGUGAAGCUGAACGAGGUGAUUGUCAACAAGUCCCAUGAUGCUCGCCUGGUGCUGCUCAACAUGCCGGGGCCGCCACGCAACACAGAUGGAGAUGAGAACU